ACCGGGUACCAGCAAUCAUUUCGUCAUCGGACCAUAGCACUCCCCAAAUACCUCAUUUUUCUUGCCGGUCUGAUCCUGUUACUAUCCCUUGUACCAGUCAUCAAUUUUUCUCCAUCUCAAGUAAACAUGUCGGGAGACGGCUAUCGUUCAGUUGCCUACUUUGUAAACUGGGCCAUCUAUGCUAGAAAGCAUCGCCCUCAAGACCUUCCCGUCGAUAAACUUACUCACGUCCUCUACGCUUUUGCCAAUGUCCGCCAAGAUAGCGGGGAAGUACACAUGACGGAUGGCUGGGCGGACACAGAUAUUCAUUGGGAGGGAGACUCAUGGAACGACACCGGAAAUAACAUGUAUGGAUGUCUCAAGCAGCUGAAUCUUCUCAAGAAGCGCAAUCGCAACCUCAAAGUCCUGCUGUCUAUCGGCGGCUGGACAUAUAGCGGCAACUUCAAGGGCCCCGCCAGCACUCAGCAGGGUCGCGAGACAUUCGCCAAAUCUAGUCUCGAGCUGCUCAAGAAUUUGGGUUUUGACGGACUCGAUAUCGAUUGGGAGUAUCCUCAAAAUGCAGACGAGGCGAGAAAUUUCGUUGAGCUUCUCGCUACUGUUCGCAGAGAGCUGGAUGCCUACUCUGCCACUCUUCAGAACUACAGCCACUUUGAACUGACUGUAGCCUGUCCCGCCGGACCUACGCACUUUCAGAAACUUGACGUGCCCGGCAUGGAUCAAUAUCUUGAUUUCUGGAACCUGAUGGCUUACGACUACGCGGGGUCUUGGGACCAGACAAGUGGCCAUCAGGCGAACCUCCAUCCGUCACAUGACAACCCUACAUCUACUCCGUUUUCUACCGAUGCAGCCAUCGACUUUUACACUAGAAAUGGUGUCGCUCCCAGCAAGAUUGUGCUUGGAAUGCCUAUUUAUGGCCGUGCUUUUGAGAAUACCGAUGGCCCUGGCAGGCCAUAUAAUGGCAUCGGGGAGGGGUCGUGGGAGAAUGGCAUCUUCGACUACAAGGUUCUUCCUCUCCAGGGUUCUCAAGAGAUUUAUGAUCAAGCGACUGGCUCCAGCUACUGCUAUAACCCACAAACAAGGAAGCUUGUGUCCUACGACACCCCUCAUGCCAGCAGAGUCAAGGCUGGGUAUAUCAAAGAGUGGGGUCUUGGAGGUGGCAUGUGGUGGGAGAGCAGCGGAGACAAAGAAGGCCAUGACAGCUUGAUCGGCAUUGUCGUGAAUGAAUUCGGAGGCCCAGGGGCGUUGCAGAGGAAGGAUAACUGCAUCGAGUAUCCGCAGUCGAAAUACGACAACUUGAAGAACGGAUUUCCAAACAACUGAAAGUGGCCAGCCUUGAAAUUUUAUUUUUUAUAUAAAGUUGCCAACCUAGUAUGAGUAUACAAUACAUGACAAAAUACAUGUAGUUACGAAAACAG